CACGCAUCGCAUAAACAUCCGAUCCGCAAUGGCGGACUUGUUCGCACGUUAUCGUGAGUUCGUCAAAGCGAAUCCCGCUCUAGCCACAGAACUCGAGACCGUGCUUCGCUGGAUCUCCUACUUCACCGCAGGUCGGUUUGGCAAGUCGGCCGUAGUUGCCGAGUUCCUUUACUCCUCGUCCAGUUUGCUGGCCCUCCUCAAUGACCUUAUCCUGCGACAUGCCGCCAACGUUCCCGUGCAUGUGGACCGAGCCGUGGAACGGCUCCAGUCCUGUCUGGCUGUCGUCGAGUAUGUCGAGGUAUUUGCCGAGCUGGCCGCACUACACCUGCGUGGGGACCUGGCUCGAUGGGUGGCCGUUGCCAUCGUCCAAACGCUCAAGGCAUGCCUUCGACUGGUGCUCCUCCUGUACCACAAGCAGGGGCUCCAGUGCAGCCCCAGUGUUGCCCCUUUCGAUCGGAAGCUCGCACAAGGUGGUCCGGCUGCCAGCCAGCCUUGCUACGAGCUUCGACACAGUGGACGGCCACUGCGCACCUUGGCUGCAGCGCCACCUAUGUCGAGAAGACAGUGGCGCCCUCCCUCAGCACCCCAGGGCACAUCUGGGGCCACCGGCAGCCCAAAGCGCCUGCAAGGUGUCGAGCUGGCAGCAGAGGUGGCACAUGUCGUGAGGCCACUUGCACACCUAUCGGCUGUUGGUCUGUGCGGCCGCUCCUCUUGGACCCCGUGGCUGAUGGCGGCUGGUCUAGAUGUGGCCAGUUUGCAGGUUCUGUCACGGACACGUGCUUCCCUGCAGCCACGUGAGCGGCUGGAGUUGAGUCGUCGUCUGCUGCAGCUGACGCUCUACGUGGUGCGGUCUCCAUUCUACGAGCGCAUCUCCCAACGCCGCAUUUCUCUCGCCCUUCGAGCACUCGGCGACUCCGUGCCCCUCCUCGGCUGGAUCACCAGGCCACUGGCUGACUACAUUCCCGAGUGGCAAAACACCUACUGCCACAACUGGGCCUCCUAGGGCACGACCCAUGGACACCUGUGACCUAAACAACAUAAGCAACAAUGCCACCUAAACAACAAUGCCCAAGGCAGCCACUUGCACGACAGUGUAGCACUCUGUGGUGAACGGAACUACCGUAGCCCCAUGUUCUCUAGGGUUUGUCAUCGUGGAGCCACCCACUACUUGAACAGCUUGGUGACAUCGUGAAUGAACAGCCAUUACCAGCGGUGUUUCGUUUGUGCUCGGAGUGACUCUGCAGUUGUUAUUUACUACUCCGUCGUUGUUAUCACGCUGCCCUUGAUAAAGGUGCAGCUUUUCACGUCUUCGUCAGGUAUGAAGAUAGCAAGUAAUUAGAUCAGAAUGUACUUGAGUGAUUUUUAGUUGCACAGGACGUUGUCUUAAUUUACAGCAUUACGCCUGGUGUUGCAUAUAAUUGUGCCAGAUGGUGUGUUUGUUACACAUUCAAUUAGUUGUACAACAACGAUGGUUAUUGAUGCUGCUAAUUUUACUGAAAUUGAUUUGAUGUCUGUAGAGUCGAUUGAAGAUAGGCAACAUGUCAAAACCAGCAUGGCGUGUACCCUAUGCUAGACUGUGAGAAAUACCACGGUGGUAUCACUGUGGUACUACUUUCUUAGUGGUAUCACCUGCUUAGUGAUGUCUGCAUGGUGUUAAUGUUUUCUGAACUCUUUGAACGCUGCCGUGCAUAUAGCUUCUUUAUUUAAACAAUCGCCAUUCUCUCUGCCAUACUUGUUUUCGGCGAUGCCGGCUAGCAGCUGCUCGUAUUAAACAGUUUCCACAAACCAGCUGUUUGACACCAUGAACUUAGGCAGUGAGCUAGUAAGAAUCAUCUACGAGAAGCAUAUUUGCUACAUACAUUUUUUAAUGGGCAAGUUUGGGGUUUGUGCCCUGGUCUGGGAAUUUGUCUAUAAAAGGUGUGAAGAAGCUCUAGCAAUUCUGUAUGCAUUUGCACAAGCUCUUCUAUGCAGAAGAAUCUCACUUUCUUUUGCUCGAAGAUAGAUUUCUCGAAAGCACCAUUUUAUGUGAACUUGUUUUGGUGUGUCUUAUUCUUGGUUUUCUUCUCGUCGGGGUUCUACUUGGGAAGUUAGGCACCAAGUGCUGUUGCUUUCUCGCUUUCAUUGACUUCUAUUAGUUCAAUUCUGGUGGGACCAAUUGGUCUGUUGACUUACAUUAGCUAGGUUUUUGCGGGACCAAUGAAAUUGGUCAAAUUUACUUGCAGGUUGAAAUGAAGAAAUGGUCGGCAAAAAAGAUGAAGCACACCACAGAUUUAUUUGGCAGUGUAUUUGCCCAGUUGUAAUAUGUCCCUGCUUCAUAUUCGUACUUACAGAAUUUGGGCUCAAAAGCAGAAAGCUAACUUAGUGAUUAAAUUACAUUAGAGCUCCUUAACAGAGUAAAAAUGGAAUGCACGCACAAUUUUGGGGAAAUGAAAUGAAUCCCUCUGGCAGUGAGAAAGAAGUGAAAUUGGUAGACUUUACCUUAGUGAAACGGAAAUUUUUUGUCAAAUAUCUGUUGUCAUCACUUUCAGCCAGAACUUUAUCGCUGUCUACGGAGAACCACAACAUGUUGUCCUUUAUAGAGACCUGACACGUUUAAUAUUCUGCAUUUGUCAAACGACUCUGCAACAAUUGCAAACUUGGCAUGGCCCCUCACGAAGACUAACCACUCUGUUAAGUUCGUCCGGUGAUGCACAUGAUGCUCGGAAACAUGCAUUGUGACUUGUUGCUGCUGCAUUUGUAAAAUAACGGAUCGUGCAAAUGAACUUUUCUAAUUGCUUGCAUAAUGAAAGCACCACAUGGUCAUUGCCAUGCUAUGCUCAUUCUCUUGCCAUCCAUGGUCUUCGUCUAAUAAGUGGAGACAGUGUGGUCAGGCAAUCCAGACUGUCUCCAAUGGUAGGAUGUUACAAGCUCCACAAACUGUUUUUGUUUCGUAUUGCAUGUCACCGUGCCGGAAAUUAUCAGACGAAAAGAGGCAUACAUUACGAUAACAGUUUAAAUAA